ACUGAGUAGCUCUCUUCAGAGCUUCAGUGUAGCCGCUCGCGUAAUCGAGUCAUUGAGAUAGCCACAACCCCACAACAUAUGAAAGGCCAAAGGAAGUGUUAACAUUAGAGAUAACUGUUCCGGCGUUGAAUGAUAAGCUGUGUCCUGUAUGUUUAUCGAUACCCACUCUCGAACCAUCUCUGUCCGCCUAUGUCUAGUUUCAGUUUCUUUUUAGUCCAUUUGAGCUGAAGCUGGAAGCUAUAGAACGCUAUCUGAGGCUGUUCGAUUGCUGUCAACUAUGUGGCUAUGUUGUUCGUGGGUGGAGUGGGAGAAGACACACUAGCUAGGCCAGUUGCUGAUCCUAACUUGACGAGAGAAAUUAAGCCUAGUUUCAAGUAUUUCUACUUUUACUGAUUUUCAAGUUCUUUCAGUUCCGUUCACUUUUGGGAUAAAACCUGGCUGCGAAAGGCUAGGAUAAUCUGCUGCAGCUAGUGAGGAUUAUAAUGCCUCGAUUGAGAUGGUUAGCUGUGGGCCUUCUUAUUCUUCUAAGCAGUUCUGUCAGAGCUCCACGUCCUUAUGGUAAAGGAGCAGAUCACCAUAGUUCAAGGAAAUCAAUAUGUGAUAAAAGUUCCUGCUAUCCAGCAUCUGGAAAUCUUCUUAUAGGCAGAGAGAAAAGAUUGUGGGCAUCUUCAACAUGUGGAAUGGACAAAGAGGAGAAAUACUGUAUAGUAUCUCAUUUGGAGGAGAAAAAGAAAUGCUUUCGUUGUGACUCAAGACCAAAGCCGGGCAAUGAGAACUCCUUCCUUAGUCAUAGAAUCGAAAAUAUCGUCACACAUUCUCAUCCAGUAAAUCCACGGAAAGCAACCUGGUGGCAAGCUGAAAAUGGCAAAGAGAAUGUAACAAUACAACUGGAUCUUGAAGCUGAAUUUCAUUUCACUCAUCUUAUUAUAACAUUCAAAACAUUCAGGCCAGCUGCUAUGUUGAUUGAACGCUCCUAUGACUUUGGAAGAACAUGGAAGGUUUACAGGUAUUUUGCACAGAACUGCGAUGAAUCUUUCCCGGGAGUUUCAAAAGAUUCGCAGAAAACUCUAACCGACGUUGUUUGCGAUUCAAGAUAUAGUUCAGUUGCACCAUCCAGUGAUGGUGAGGUAAUUCUAAGAGUACUGCCUCCAAACCUGCAUCAUCUGUACGACGACCCUUACUCUCCUGAUGUUCAGAAUUUACUGAAAAUGACAAAUUUGAGGAUAAACUUCACAAAACUGCACACAUUGGGUGAUGAUCUACUGGAUAAUAGAGAAGAAAUUCAGCAAAAAUACUACUACGCUGUUAGAGAAAUGGUAGUACGUGGAUCAUGUUCAUGCUAUGGUCACGCUUCCAAAUGUCUUCCACAAGAUGGUUCAGAAGAUUUGAAUCCUGACAUGGUACAUGGAAAGUGCGAAUGCACUCACAACACCCAAGGUCUCAAUUGUGAGCAGUGCAAAGACUUUUACAACGAUCUGCCAUGGAAACCUGCAAUUGAAAAACAAACUAAUGCUUGUAAAGAGUGCAAUUGCAAUGGACAUUCCAGAAGAUGUCACUUCGAUCAGAAUGUAUAUGAAAUGACUGGCUAUGUUAGUGGAGGUGUGUGUGAUGGAUGUAUGCAUAACACAGUGGGUCGUAAUUGUGAACAGUGUAUGCCACAAUUCUUCUACGACCCAAUCAGGAAUUACAACGAAUCUGAUGCCUGUCAACCGUGCAAUUGUAGUCCUGAUGGAUCCAUUGACGGUGGAAUCUGCGACGGAGCAUCAAAAACAUCUGACGACAUAAUACCAGGAAGUUGUCAUUGCAAAGCUAAUGUGAUGGGUUUGAAAUGUGACAGCUGUAAAGCAGGUUACUGGAAUUACGACCCAAAUAAUCCAGAAGGCUGUGAAAAGUGCACAUGUAAUACGAUGGGAACAGCUGGUAACGAAGGAUGCGAUGUUGUGACUGGUGACUGUGUUUGUAAACCGUUCGUUGUCGGCAAAGACUGUAAUCAGUGUAUACCGGAAUACUGGCAAUUAUCUGAGAGCCCUGAAGGUUGCCAGCCUUGCAACUGUGACGUCGGUGGAUCUUAUGACAACAAUUGUGACGUCAUUACUGGACAGUGUAGGUGUCGCCCUCACAUCUCAGGAAGAACGUGCAGUGAACCAGAACAGACCUACUUCUCCCCAGACCUCGACUUUCUUACUUAUGAAGCCGAACUUGCUAACUGUACAACUGAGAAUAAUUGCCAGAUGACAAUAAGGGAGCCGUUCCGUGAUGGCCAGAAAAGCACUUGGACUGGUACAGGAUUUAUGAGAGCUCAUGAGAAUACUCAACUAGUUUUCGAUAUAGAUAACAUCAAAACCUCAAUGGAUUACGAUCUUGUCAUCCGUUAUGAGCCGCAGUUUCCAGGACAGGGAGAAGUGAAAGUGACUGUCGAGAGGGAAGAACCUGUGGAUCCAAAUGGUCCAUGCAGCAAUUCAAGGCCUCAAGAUGAUGAAAAACAAGUCUAUAUGCCCGCUGUUACAAACAAUGUAGUGGCUACUCCGCCGGUGUGCUUGGAGGCUGGCAAAAAAUAUAAAGUUAGGCUACUUUUUAAACAUUUUGGGAAUCAAAUGGAGAAACCAACCGCCUCGAUCCUGGUUGACUCAAUCACACUCAUACCUCGUGUAGAAAAUAUUCCAUUUUUUGUGGCCAGUCCUCAAAAUCAGCACCGACUAAAUGAAUAUGACCAUUACGGAUGCAGGGAUACAUUCCUUUAUGUCAGCAGAGAAAAGGAUGAUAUUCCAAAAAUUUGUGAACAGUACAAUUACAACGUUGGUGUUUACGUGUUUGAUGGUGCUAAUUCUUGCAAUUGCGACCGAACAGGAUCUGUGAGUACAUUAUGUGACGAACAUGGAGGUAAAUGUCAGUGCAAAACUAAUGUUGUUGGAAGAACAUGCAACCAAUGUGCUCCAGGAACGUACGGUUUUGGUCCCGAAGGAUGCAAAGCUUGUGAUUGUGAUUCGGUGGGUGCCCUGGACAACUUCUGUGACGUUCACAGUGGCCAAUGCCAGUGUCGGGCUCAAACUUACGGCAGGUCCUGUGACCAAUGUCAACCUGGCUCAUGGAACUACCCGAACUGUCAACGGUGUCACUGCAACGGUCAUGCCGACACCUGUCAUCCGCACACCGGCGCUUGUACCCAAUGCCAGGCCGCUACCAUGGGUCACAACUGUGAAAGAUGCUUGGAUGGCUACUAUGGAGAUCCACGACUGGGCAUUGACAUUGGCUGCAGACCUUGCCCAUGUCCCGGCUCCGUCGAAUCCGGUCAUUCGUAUGCCUCACGUUGUACACUAGACGCCCAAACGCAAGAUGUGGUUUGUGAGUGCCACGAAGGUUAUGCAGGAUCCCGUUGUGACGUAUGCGCCGACAAUUACUUCGGGCAUCCCGAGCUUGUGGGAGGCAGUUGUCAGUCCUGUAAUUGUAGUAAUAAUAUUGAUAUUUCAAGACCAGGAAACUGCCAGCCAAAUACUGGAGAGUGCUUAAAUUGUCUCUUCAACACAGAGGGAUUCAACUGUCAAUACUGUAAACCUAAUUACUAUGGAGAUGCGAACACACAAUCUUGCAAAGAAUGUGUAUGUGACAUCCUGGGUACCGAUGCAAAACUGGGCUUCUGUGAUCGGGUGACGGGUCAAUGUCCUUGUUUGCCCAAUGUCAUUGGACAGAAGUGCGACCAAUGCAAACCCAACCAUUGGAAGAUAGCCAGUGGCACAGGAUGUGAGCCAUGUGAUUGUGACCCCACUGGAUCGGAUGAGGAACAAUGCAACCAGUUUGAUGGCCAAUGUACGUGCAAGGAUGGGUUUGGAGGACGACAAUGCAACCAAUGUCAAACCAACUACUGGGGUGAUCCAAACGUCCAAUGCCAUCCUUGUGAAUGCAACCCAGAAGGAUCUGCUACCCUGCAAUGCCACCAGCAGAAUGGAACAUGUGUCUGUAUGAUUGGAAUCGGAGGUGCCAAGUGCGACCAAUGUGCCAGGGGAUACGUGGGAAGCUCGCCUCAGUGUAGCACCUGUGGAGAAUGUUUCGAUAAUUGGGAUAGCAUCCUUAGCUCUCUGCAUGAUGAAACCGUUAGAGUGAUUGACGCAGCCAAAGAAAUCAAAAGAACUGGGGCUAGUGGAGCUUACACGAAAGAGUUUGAAAUCAUGGAAAAUCAUUUGAAAGAAGUUAAGCAGCUUCUACAGAAUACUACAAAGAGCUCUAUAGACCUUGGGACUCUUGAGAACGAUGUCAUGGCUUAUAGAGAGAACUUCACUGAUUUGAUCGACGAUCAUGAUGACGUUAAUAAAUUAUUGGAUAAUACAACUCAGAGAAUCUAUAUAUCGAAUCUAGCUUUGGCAAACCUUAGGAAUAAAACGUUGUUUUUAGAAAAUUCUGCAAAAUCAUUGAAAGAUAAUGCCACACUUCUACAGGAAAGUAACGUGGAAGGUGCUCUCAAUUUGACUCGUGAAGCUCAAAAAUCGUCUCAAACAAUUCAGCGAGAUGGCUUGGAAAUACAGCAAAAAACAGCCAAUGCUGAGAGGCAGUGCAAAAGAACUGAGAACCUCGUCGGUCGUAGCUCUAAGCAAUUCCUGCAAGCUCAGAAAGGAAACCAUGAAACUCUCGAAAUAUUGAGCAAUGAGCUAACAAGGUUCGAACAGGAAGUUCCAGUCCUUAAUUUGCAGGUUUGUGGUAAGAAUGGUGAUCCUUGUGAUAGCUUGUGUGGAGGAGCAGGUUGCGGACAUUGUGGUGGUCUGGGAUGUGAUGAUGGUGCUGUCACAAAAGCUGAAAAGGCUCUCAGCUUUGCAAAUGAUGCUCAGAAACACAUACACGACAAACAAUCCAAUGCAGAAGAACUUUUCCGUGGUAUUUCUCAAGCCAAAGAUGACAUUUAUGCCACACAUCAACUUACUGAAGCUGCAUACAAUACGACACUCGACGUGAAAGAGCAAUCUGAAAAUGCUGUCAACAGAAGUAUAAAUGUGGCUGAUAAACUGGAAAGUUUCUUGAAUGCUCCCAGAUCUACACCGGCUGAGAUCAGACACCUAGCAACUGACGUUUUAUCGAAAAAUAUUCAAUUGAAACCGGAGCAAAUAAGGGAUAUUUCAAGGCAAAUCAAUGAGUCUAUUUCAUCAAGAACAGAUAUCACAACCAUCCUAGAUGAUACAUCAGACGAUUUGUUCCAAGCCAAUGAGCGGAAGCGAGAAGCUGACCAAGCCAAGAAAUCCGCAUUGAAAAUCUUGGAGAUAGCUCGCAACGUGAGUAAUGUAUUGACGGACGCUAAAGAAGCCCAAAGCAAGGCUGAACAAGCAAUUGAAAGAGCUAGUUUAGAUAUCUCAUCUGCAAAGAAUGAUCUAACUCAAACUGGCAGUGAGACACAAGAAGCUCAACAGAAAGCCAACGAGACCGUUGUUCAAGUAUCAAAGCUCCAGGAUAAACUGAAAACGCUGCAGUCUGAAUUCUUGAAAAAUGAGAAAGAUGCAAAGGAAGUCGCUGAAGGAGUAAAAGUUGUCGAGUUGAAGGUUGAAAACGCACAGGAAAAGGCAGCAGAGCUGAAGAGGGCUUAUUACAAUGCAAACGAUACUCUCCAGCAAAGAAGUCAACAUUUUCAACUGGCAAGAGUAAAAGCGCAAGAAACACUUGAAAAAGCCAACAAUCUUUCAUAUCUCACCAAUCGAAAAUUGAUUGACCUGAAAAAUGCACAAACCACGUUCAAUGAACAGAUGGAAAGGCUUCAAAAUUUGUCAAAACAAUUGGAUAUGAUGAACUCGAAAAUGCAACAACAUCUCAAUUCAAUAACAGUGAAAUCAGACUACUUCAGGAACUGUUUGAACUGAUUAAUUAAUUUUGUGAAUAUUUUAGACUGAAGCAAUAUUGACGUUUUAUCCAAUAAUUUUGAUUUUGCUAUCCAAAAAGAUUGUUAAUUAUUACUAGACUCUGAACUAGAUGGUUAUUCAACUUUUUGAAAACUAAAAAUUCUAUCGCGUUUCAAUCCAUACCAUAAUUUUCGCAAUGCUAGUCUAUAAUUACAUAUUUUUGACCUGACUAUUCGCCUGAAUUAUUGCUCCAGAAGUGUAUAGAAUUAAUCAGAUUUCUUAAUCAGUUCGAAUUAUGUUAGCGAAUACAAGAUAUUUAUAUUGUGGAUAUGUCAAAUUUGAUUACUUGACUAUACAAGCCCGUUGCAAAGAUGAAAGUCAGUAACUUGAAAAUAGAUUGUAAUCAGCCAUACUUUUUUCGAAAGUUCUGGUUUGUCAGUUUCAGAUUAACAUGAAUAUAAGAAGACUUUAUUAUUUCGUGUAUGUGAGAAUGUGUGUUCAUAAGGGAAGUAAGUUUAUGGUUGAUCAAGUAUACGAUUGAUUGGCCCUUGAAACUGCCAUUAAUUUUCUGAAACAUUAUUGAGUUUAUAAUCGAUCAAGUGUGAGCGAGCGUGAGAGAGCAAGAGAGAAAGAGCGUGCUAAUGAGAAAUGAAUGAGUGAAUGAGUGAUUUGACAAAGCUCUUCAGUUUUAUUUUUGAAUAUAUUAACAACUAUGUUGAUAAUUUUGUUAGGAAAUCGUUUUAAGAUUUAGGUGAAUAGCUUAAGAUUUGACAAAUACAAUUCCUAUUAUAUGAUUCUUAUUUAUAUAACAUCACAGUAACACAGUUUUUAAUGUUUUAACAUCAAUUUGAUUUCUUUUAAGUGUUCAAGUUAAUAUUUUAUUGAGUGUAUUAGUUCUUGCAUGCCGAAUAUUCUAUUGUAUUUUGUUACAUAGUUUGUAACUAAUGUUGUCUUAUAAAAUAGUGCCAAAUAGAUGUAGAGUAGAUUAAUCGUUUCAAAA